AUGAGAAGCUUUGCUGAUCCGUAUGAGAUUCCAUUCUUUACCUGGUCCGAAAUGCCCGGUGGGACGGCCUUUCGUCCUUCUUUUGAGAGCUUCUGGAAUUUCUGGUCGUUUAUUAUCGUUCUGCAGGGAUUUCAAUCAAUCGGUGUCUUUCAGGUACUGAUACCGAUCUCACUCUAUGUCUCCAUAGAAUUCAUAAAGGUCGGUCAGGUAUGGCUGAUAUCUCAAGACAAGAACAUGUACUAUGAAAAGGUGGACAAGAGAUUGCAGUGUGUGAGGAUGGUUUUUCGUCGCUGCUCGUUGAGAGGACGAGAUUUUGGUGGGCAUUCUGUGGCCGCAGCCAUCGACCAGCCGGAUGAUCGUCUUGGUAGACCGCGUCCUUCUAAAGACCGUGGACUCGAGGCUCUUCUCAGUCGUGCAGUACGAGAAGCUGACAUUGACAGUCCGAUAUAUCUGUUCUUUCUCACGAUGGCCAUCUGCAACACUGUUGUGGUGAACGCAAAACCUCAUGAGGACCUUAUGGAUCCCGAUGGUGACAUGAUCGACAACAGCGUUGAAGAAUCGGAGGCUACUGAAAGACUAACGAUUUCACCGUUGAGCGUCAAGUUCCUUGAAGAGGUGGAGGAAGAAGUUCCCCUGGGUCAAAGCGUGAAGAGUCCUCGAGAAAGUAUUGAACUCAUAGAUCUGCACGAUGACAAGGAGGAUUCUACACCGGUGUCGACCAGUGCACAGAAAUCUAACGCUCUUCCUGGAAUCCUGCAUCGACCAUCACUGCUCAGUCUUGCCCGUCUCAAAGGAAUCAAAGAACUUAGCCCGUUUCGAAGGUUAGAGAAGAAGAAAGGAAUAUCCGUUACGCUCACGAUCCAGGGGUCCUUCGCUGUUCUCCUCUCUGUACCCAUUUCAUCCAACACAAAAGAUAUGGUUGAGAUGAGGCAAUAUCAGUGGACAAACGCCAAUCACAGUCUUCCUUCCGACACGACAGCUCCACUGCAUUCCUACUAUGACUCAGAGUCUCCAGAUGAGCUUGCACUCGUUGAAGCUGCCAGGGAAUACGGUGUGCGUCUGCUGAGACGAAGAUUCGAUGAACUGCUCCAUACGUUGCCGUUCGAUUCUGAUCGCAAGCGAAUGUCCGUGAUUGUGCAAGAGUGCACCGGAAAAAAGAGGGUCAUUCUUCUCACUAAAGGUGCCGACGCUAGUGUUCUUCCGAUUCUGGCUAACGAAUACCUCACAUCUGAGAUAGGGGAGGAGGAAGUGUUCAAGGCACAAGAGCAUCUGUCUGACUACGCGAGGGAAGGGCUGCGAACCCUAUGCUUAGCUAGGAAGUACUGGAGCGAAGAAGAUUACCAGACGUGGCGCUCACUACAUGAGGAAGCCGAGCUUGACCCCCACCAUCGUGAGAACCUUGUCCGAGACAGCAUACUGAAAGCGGAAAAGGAUGUCGAAUUACUAGGUAAGUUCUCGUCAGCUCAUGUUUCCAAUGUGAAAUUC